AUGAAAAUAAAUUUUAAUUUAAUAUUUAUUUAUUCAUUUUUAUAUUCAUAUUCCAAAUUAUAUAUAGCCUGUAUAUUUAUUAUAAAAACUUCUUUCUUUCUUACUCCAAUCUUUUAAAUUACAGGCACACUUUUAAUUAAUUUCAAACUAUUUAAAUAAAUUUUAAUUACAAUAAAAAAUUCCUUGAUUGAAAUGGAAAAAAAUUAGAAUGACCUUUAGGCAAUUUAUAACUUAGUAUCUAAAAGAUACCUGUAGCUCAAGAGAGAAAGUAAAAGCAUAAAGUAAGAAUAUCAGAGUCCUUUAAAUAACUCUGAUGAAGAUUCAAUAAACACCAGGAGUUGCUUAAAGCAUAAAAUUGAUUCAAAGAACAAAUCAUACUUCAGUAGUAAGAAACAAUUAGUCUCACAGUAAGAAUUCAAAAACUACUAAGAUGAAUAUAAAAAAGCUUUUAUUGGAAGAGAAAAGGCAUUUUACAUCAAAUAUAAAAAUGAUUUAAAUGCAAUUAAAUUUUUAAAACACUGCCUAUUUAGCCAAAUAAACUAGUUAGAUUUCAGCUAGUGUGUGUAGGGAAAUAACUUAUGCCUACAAAAAAAGGAUUUAAGAACUAGAAUGAAAGAAGUUUAUUCAUAUAUAAAUCAAAAACAAAUUAUGGUGUUUCUUAUUUUAGGACUAGUUAUGUUUGGAUACAAUUUAUGGAACUAGUAUCAAGAAAUCAUAAUAGAAAAGAAGACUUUGGAUGAGUUUAGGUUAAGGUAUGAAAACGAAAGUGAAGCUUUGUAUUAGAUUUUAAAACAAAAACAUGCUCUCUAUGAAAAAAUAAAAAGGCACAAAGAUUUUGGGAUAAUUUAAUCAUUGCUAAAUAGAUAAAUCAAGCUAAAAUUUUCUUUUAUUUUUGGAGUACUUUCUUUACUGCUGAGUCUAUUCAAAGCACUAUUUUACCACUUUUCUCAUAAUAAAAUAAGACCUAUGCCCUUAUUUUAAGGAUUAAAUAUAGAAUUGCAAAAGUAGUACUUAAACCAAGCUAAAAUCUCUCAGUAAAAUUAAGAUAAACCUAAAAUAGUUGAUCCUCAAUAGAUUUCAUAGAUAUUUUAAUAGUAAAAAAUGGUAAAAGAGCAAAAGUUCAUGGACAUUUUCAACUAGUAAAAAGAAUAUAUUUUAAAAAGAUAGCAUGAAGAGUUGAUAAAAAAAGAAAUACUAGAAUAGAAAAAAAAUCAACUACUUCAAUAGCUAAAUUAUUUAAAUAAAUAAAAGCAGGUCAGUUAAGAAAAAAAAAGGUAAAAUCAAAGAAACACUCUCAGUAUGUGUAGCUUUUAAAAUAGUGAAACUGAUAAUAAUGAAAACCAUGAAUAACUAAGUUUUGUUAGUCAACAUUAUAAUUAUGAUCAAUUUCAUCAAAGUGAAGAUGAAGAUUAUGAUCUUCCAUAAUUUGGAUAAAAAAAAUCUAUUAAUCAACUUAAUAAAUUUCCAAAGAGAAGUAAAUUAACUAUCUAGCCUAAAUAAUAAUUCAAUAACUCUAUGCACAUCAGAUCUAAAUCUAUUGGAAGCGUUUUUUAAAUAAUCAAUACUAAAAAUGAAUCUGAGUCAUAUAAAUAUUGUGAAAGAUUAUUUUGA